GUACUUAAGCCACCCGUUUUCUUGGCCGCCGUCCGGCCAUGGCUUUCAGGCGCAUCUCGUCGGCGCUGCGCUCCGGCACCCCGUGCCGCGUCCCGCUGUCCACGGCGCCGGCCACCCGCGAGCAGCCCGCCGCGGCUCCAAGGGUCGCGCAGGGGCGCGGGGCCAAGGAAGUCACGCGGCCGCCGCUGCCCCCCGUGGACUUCGGCAACACGCAGGAGGCGUACCGCAGCCGUCGCAGCUGGGAGCUGGCGCGCAACCUGCUGGUGCUCCGCCUGUGCGCUUCGCCCGCGCUGCUGAAGCACCACGAGCAGCUGCUCAACCUGGCCAGGAAACUUCUGGGGCAAAGGCUCUUUGACAAGCUGAUGAAGAUGACCUUCUACGGGCAGUUUGUGGCGGGCGAAGACCAGGAAUCCAUCAGGCCUCUGAUCCAGCACAAUCGGACCUUCGGUGUGGGCUCCAUCCUGGACUACGGGGUGGAGGAGGACCUGAGCUCGGAGGAGGCAGAGCGCCAGGAGCUGGAGUCCUCUACCUCUGUGGUGGAGAAGGAAGGAUGUGGCACCAGUAAGCGGGAGAAGCAGUACCAGGCCCACCGCACCUUCGGGGACCGCCGGGAUGGCGUCAUCAGCGCCCGCACCUACUUCUACGCCAACGAAGCCAAGUGUGACAGCCACAUGGAGAUCUUCCUGCGCUGCAUCGAGGCCUCCGCCGGGGCCAGUGACGACGGCUUUUCGGCCAUUAAGCUCACUGCACUGGGGAGGCCCCAGUUUCUGCUGCAGUUCUCAGAUGUGCUGACCAAGUGGAGACGGUUCUUCCACCAAAUGGCCGCGGAGCAGGGCAAGGCGGGGCUGGCCGCCAAGGACAAGAGGCUGGAGGUGGCCGCACUGCAGGAAAGUGUGGCGAAGAUGGGCAUUGCCUCCAGGGCGGAGAUUGAGAAGUGGUUCACCGUGGAGACUCUGGGUGUGUCCGGCACCCUGGACCUGCUGGACUGGAGCAGCCUCAUCGACAGCAGGACUGAACUUUCCAAACACCUGGUGGUGCCCAACAUGCAGACGGGCCAGCUGGAGCCCCUGUUGUCCUGCUUCACCGACGAGGAGGAGCGGCAGAUGACGCGGAUGCUGCAGAGGAUGGAUGUCCUGGCCAAGAAAGCCAACGAGGUGGGCGUACGGCUGAUGGUGGAUGCGGAGCAGACGUACUUCCAGCCGGCCAUCAGCCGCCUGACCCUGGAGAUGCAGCGCAAGUUCAACAAGGCCAAACCGCUCAUCUUCAACACGUACCAGUGCUACCUCAAGGAGACCUACGACAAUGUCACCCUGGACUUGGAGCUGGCGCGCCGUGAGGACUGGUGUUUCGGGGCCAAGCUGGUGCGGGGCGCGUACAUGGCCCAGGAACGCGCCCGCGCUGCAGAGAUUGGCUACGAGGACCCCAUCAACCCCACCUAUGAGGCCACCAAUGCCAUGUACCACAGGUGCCUCAACUAUGUCCUGGAGGAGGUGAAGCACAGCGGCCGGGCUGAGGUGAUGGUGGCCUCCCACAACGAGGACUCGGUGCGCUUCACGCUGCGCAGGAUGGAGGAGCUGGGCCUGCACCCUGCAGACCGCCAGGUGUACUUUGGACAGCUGCUGGGCAUGUGUGACCAGAUCAGCUUCCCACUGGGCCAGGCCGGCUUCCCCGUGUACAAGUACGUGCCGUAUGGCCCCGUGAUGGAGGUGCUGCCCUACCUGUCGCGCCGCGCCCUGGAGAACAGCGGCCUCAUGAAGGGCGCCCAGCGGGAGCGGCAGCUGCUGUGGCAGGAGCUCACUCGGCGGGCCCGCACCGGAGACCUCUUCCACCGGCCGGCCUAAGGCACAGGCGGCCACUGCGUCCACUGCCAGGCUCUGCCUGCUCAGGGCCGGGGGAGGGCGGUUCCCAGGGGCCAUGCCACAGUGUUAGCCACACCCCCACCUCAGACUCAGACCAGAUGGAAGUGGGGCCCCCUCGUACCUGCCCGAAGCGUUGCCGUCUCAGGAACGGCUUCGAACAGGUGGGCCUGACCCGUCGCUGCCCGCCCCACUUCCCUGGACCUGAAGGACGAUUUCACCAGCGCCCGCUGACACCCACUGCCACCCCCACUGGCGGGGUCU